UGUUUUGUUUGAAGCAUUUUACUCAUCGGCAGAUUCAUGUGCAUUAAAAUGUUUACAAGAACCAUUCUGUGUUGGGUUCAACUUUUGGGAAGGCAUAAUGAUGGAAGAUGUAACUUGUCAAUUAACUCACAAACGUCUACAGAAUUAUGAAAUAUGUACGGAUAACAAGUGGAGUUUCUAUGAAUUGCUGAAUCCACAAAGAAAGUUUUCUCUUCAUGCGAGGAGGCAAUGAGAAAUGACAGUUUAAAGGACGGGAUGUACUUGAUUAGCACCAACACUUUAAUGGGAUACAGCAAAGUUUUUUGUAUGCGUAAAAUAACGGGUUGCUCGGGAGAAGGCUGGACACUAGUCUUGAAAAUUGAUGGAACAAAGGCAACGUUCCAAUAUAAUUCAUCGCUUUGGAGCAACAAGGAGAGUUAUAUGACAGAAAAUGGUGAAACUGGAUUAGAUCAAAAUGAAACAAAACUUCCUACUUACUGGAGCACUAAAAUAAAGAAGAUGUGUGUUGGAAUGAAAGUAAACAGUACAAUAAAAUUCAUAAGUUUUGAAAUGCAAGCUGAGUCCUUAUACGACCUCAUUGCUGACGGAAAAUAUACGAAAACCACUUUGCGUCGUAGCCAAUGGUUCACAUUAGUUGAAAACAGCUUCCUUCAACAAUAUUGUGAUAAAGAAGGCUUUAACGUCGUUGGACAACUUAAUGUAAACGCUCGUGUAAAGCUUGGCAUUUUGGGAAAUGAGCAAAACGACUGUAUUACACCUGAUUCUUUCAUUGGCUUUGGUGGAUCACAUGAAUGUAAUUCUUGCGUCGUGAACAGCUGUGGUAAUUUUGUUUCUUGGAGUAGCAAUGACAAAAAUGUUCGAGCUAUGGGAUAUAUUUUUGUUAUUUAGUAACUGUUAUACAGGCAAUGCUUGACGUUUUAAUUGUCUCAUUUUUUUUAUGGAAAAGCAAAACGAAACCAAAUCGUAAAAGUUAUACUUCAUUAAAAUAAGAUUAUGAUAUACUUCAUUGCAAACUAAAUGAAUGUGUAUAGUUUUAAUCGAAAUGCAACAAUUUCUUUGUAUUUCCGAAACUUGUUAUAAAUAUUUAGUUUUUAUGUCGAACAAUUCUUUUAAAUGCAGGAGAACAGUCAAAAAUUGCUGUUAAUUGCUAGAGUUAAAGAAAAAUGUUUAAGCCGCUA